AAUGGGUUUUGUUUGUACCGGACUUUGACUUUUGCGCAUGGCGAUUGGCAAUUCAGUACGGGACGUAAUUACGUAUGAUGUACGUCUCGAUUCUUCAUUCCUAACUUCACUCCCACCGCACCUUGAGGACGAGAAUGGAUAUUGCCUGAGUUUACGCUACUGUUGUGCUAGUGCGAGUACCGUACGUACGUACCAUACGAUAGUCUGCAAUACUACUGAGACAACAAAUUCACUCCUCGAUUUGUUACGAAACAAACCAAGCAAAUAAUAGAGGCUUUGAAUAUGUCCAUUGAAUUCAUCUGUCAUUUCAUUUAUCUAAUUGCCAUCCAAGAAAAGCACCACACAAGCGUGUUGGAAACAAAACGACAUAUCUGAAAUCAGUACUAAAGAUUGCGACAGCAACGGGCGUAGGUUCUGUAGAAAGAUAGGAGAUUGAUCGUAGGCAAACUUUCCUCCCGAGGCUUUACAAAACAAAAUUAGAAUUUCAAACAUUUGAUUCACAUCACAUAACAAAACAACACAGCACAUACCUCAGCGAUGCCUUCCAAGAGCAAGCAAAACGACGACGAAUUCCGGGAGGAGGGCAACCAAAAACUCCAGGCUGUUGUUCUCGCGGAUGCAGUUUUUGGAGCAAAAGUGACGGCCCGCGGAGACUACCAGUCCUUCGGCCUAAAACCGUGGUCCUCUGAUGCCUCCACCAGCUCGCAGAUCCUAUGUCGUCUCAACAAUGUUCCCCUCGUCGAUUACGUACUGGACUUCUUGGCCUCCAAUGGCGUCGAGCAGGUUAUUUUAGUGAUGGGGGCCUGCAACGCCGGAAACGAGUCCCCCCUCGAGGAGUAUCUACUGGGGUCGAGAGGCAAAAACAAGCAUACACGUCACUCCAAGCUCGAGCUUCUCUUUCUGAAGGACACCUCCCUCACGAAUGCGGGGGAUGCCCUCCGGGAGCUCUACAAACGCAAUUGGAUUCGGGCCUCCAAGCAGGCUAAACCCUUUUUCCUGGUCAGCGGAGACGUCGUGGCCGAUCUGGACCUGCGGGAGGCCCUGGAACGCCACGGAGAGCGGAGCCGGCACGACUCGGCCGCCGUCAUGACGGUGGUCCUCAAGCCAGUGGGACCGAGCGGGACUCAUGGUGGRAGUGCGAGCGAUGUCCGCCGCCCAUCGAUUGUCCCGCGGGCCUCGGAUCUGGUGGUCGGGCUCGUCCCGGCGCUGGCCAAGACUUUUGCCACGGUAGAUUCCCAGGGAGGCACCGCCCAGAACAGCGGCGUCGACGAGGAAGAUGGGAACUCCAGCAGCCAGUCCCCCAGUAGCGCGGGUGAUUACCGCAUUAUGUAUUACGACAACGGCAGCAGUGAAACAGUCGGGACAACGGUCCCCUGCUCCCUGCUAACCCAGUGCCAGAGCCGCCAGGGGGGAGGCUUUUCUCUCCGACAUGACCUCAUGGACACAGGGAUAAGCAUCUGCUCACCAGACGUCCUAGGGCGCCUCGAGGACAAUUUUGACUACCUGGACCUGGCGCACGACUUUGUGACCAACAGCGUAGCGGAGGAGGAGGACGGCCUUCAGACCAGGAUCUUCGCGCAUGUCCUCGAACCAUCGUUGUCCCGCAACUACGCGGCCCGGGUGGUCGAUUUUCAGACGUACCACGCAAUUUCCAAGGACCUACUCCAGCGGUGGGCCUAUCCAACCGUUUUAGACCAAAUGACGCUGGUUGGAAGCGAGGAAGGCGUCACCGAGAGCAACCGCCGCUACAAGCUGUGCAAGGUUGCCGAUUACCACUACAAGGCAGCGGGUGGCAGCAAUCGUACUUCUUCCGGUUCCAACAACUGGUUGUCGCCCCGCCGCUACGGGACCCGACCUAAGCCCCUGCAAUCGUUGGAAAMCACAGAUGCAAGCGAUCCUGCUGACGGCGCCAGCAGCAAGAAUCACUACAACUACUACCAAUACAAGGAGAGCCUGCACCCUGCUAAGGUUGGCAGGACCUCGGUAGUCCAUGGGCCGGGCAUGAUGGGCAGCCACGUGGUGGUUGGCGAGGAUUGCCUCUUGAAGCACUGUGUGGUGGGCGACUCUGUCUUGAUUGGAGAUGGGGCUGAGCUCGUCGACUGCCAUGUUCUGGAGGGAGCCGUCAUCGAGAAGGGAGCCAAGUUAAGAGCCUGUGUUAUUGCAAAAGGAGGCAUCAUUAGGGAGGGCGCGAUCCUGGAAACUGGGUGCUUUGUUGGAGAGGGCUGUGUGAUCGGUUCUGGUGUCCGCCUCCCCGCCUUCUCUCGCGUUACGCUGGCCAAGGACGACGACGAUGAUGACUGGGGAGAUGAUUACGAUGGCUACAGCGAUUCCAGUAGCGAUAGUGAAGAGGGUGACCGUCCUGAGGCGGAUAGCGGCGACACUGAGCAGGACAUUGUUGGCUUGGAUGGAAAGGGACGGCUGUGGAAACCCACCCUUGACUCAGAUGAUUACAGCAUUGAUAGCGACAACCUAUGUCUCCAGGUCAACCGAAACAACGAUCCUCUGGCCGUGUUGAUGCAGCUACAGAGCAUCGGGGGCGAUCCUACCAGUUACUAUCGCCAACGCGAACGCCGCCUCCGGAACCUCGAGGCCGAGGAAUUUGAGAACGAUGAUGACUUCUCUGAUUUUGAAGAGGAUGAGGACGACGACGUAAAACUAGCCUUUAACGAGCUCACAGGUGGCACCGUGGUCUUUGGGGACGAAGAUGACGAUGGCUUUGAAAAUCUCAACUACGUUGGAGGAGCAGCAGUCGCUUCUUCCGACGAACCAGCAAUUGGCCGACAAAAAGGGGUUGACGUGGUUAAGGARAUGACGGAGAUCUGCAUGGAAUUUGACGACGAGUGCCACCCUAUAGAAAACCUCUCAAUCGAGCUGAACUCCUUCAAAUUCUCGCAAAACGCUACCUACAGCGACUGCGCAAGCGCAUGCCUCCUGGCUCUGAUGCGUAAGAUGAAAGUGUCACCCGCAAUGAGUGACGGGCGCCUCGUGUCGAGUCUCAAGGCUAAGCUCGAAACGUUUUGGACUGGUAUGCUGCAGAAGCUCUGCCGGGGCAUCGAAGAGGAAAUCGCUGUGGUGAAGGCGCUUGAACACGCGGCCACGGUGGAUCAGCAACCGCAAGCACAACAAGCCUCGAGCGAUCCUUAUGCGACUGAUGUUCUACAAAUCACCACGGAGAUUGCCCAAAAGCUUCGUUCCGGGAUGGCCUUUCGGUUUGUGCUUCAAACUCUACACGACCAAGAGGUCCUAAGUGAGGAUGCGAUCCUGGCCUGGGCCAACGAACGGAGAAGCGACGGCGAGGACAACGAGAAUGAUCCGAAGCAAAUGCUCUUUCGGAUGGAGUCCGUCCAGGCAUUCUUGGAAUGGCUCGAGGAAGAGGACAGCAGCGACGAUGACGAUAGCGACAGCGACAGCGACAGCGAUGAAGAUGAUAGCGAGUAAGCUAAUGUAAGUUACUGAUAAUUAUUAUAGA